CGACUGGGCACGUGAUCGCGUAUCCCCUGCCAUGACGUGCUGCUCGUCGCCCCUCCCAGCGACAACGCCCGCCCACACGACCGCAACGACGCCGCCAUGGCUUUGCGCAAGCGAGCCAAUGCGCACGCCGACGACGAGUCCGCGACCACGAGCGACCGUGAGCAUGAGCUCAACGAAGUACGCCAUCUGAAGCAAGAGCUCGCGCACAAGGUCGACGACCUCAAGCGCAAACAGAAGGGUCGGCAUUGGUUCGCGACGCGCCGGUUUAUCUUCCCGCUGGGUGUCAUCUUGGGCGUUUUGCUGGGCUUUUCUCUCAUCCAGCCCUCCGACUUCACCGAUCUGCAAACUCACCUAGCCCUCCUCUUUGACUCAUACGACUUCAGUCUCCCCCAGAUGCCCCAGAUUGAGCUCCAGAUAGACCUCACUCGCUUCGAGACGGAGUGGCGUAGACUGUGGAGCAACGUACCCGAACCUUGGAAGCUGAACACGAAUGGUCUCGAGUUCACCGUCGGAGAGAAGGUCGCAGAGGAGGGCCUCACCGCCAAGCACCCCAUUGUACUAAUUCCCGGCAUAAUCUCGACCGGACUCGAGUCCUGGUCGACGACUCCAGAGUACAGGCCUUUCUUCCGGCAGAAGCUGUGGGGCGGCUUCUCAAUGCUUCAGCAAGUGGUGUUCAACAAAGAGAAGUGGAUGGCAGCCCUCAUGCUCGAUCCCGUGACUGGGCUCGAUCCGCCCGGUGCCAAGGUAAGAGCUGCCGAAGGUAUCGACGCCGCGAGCAGUUUCGUCCAGGGCUACUGGCUUUGGUCAAAGAUCGUGGAAAAUCUAGCUGUUGUGAACUACGAUACGAACAACCUGCACCUCGCGCCCUACGAUUGGCGCUUAUCCUAUUGGAAUCUGGAAGAGCGUGAUAGCUACUUCACCAAGCUUAAGAUGACGAUAGAGGCUUUCCGCAUAGGCGAAGGAAGACGCGUCGUCCUCGCCGCACACUCGAUGGGUAGCACUGUUAUGCUGUACUUUUUCAAGUGGGUUGAAUCGCCUGAACAUGGCAAUGGCGGUCCUACAUGGGUCGAGGACAAUAUUGAAGCGCUCGUUACCAUUGCCGGCACUCACUUGGGUGUAGUCAAAGCCAUGUCGGCUUUCCUUUCAGGAGAGAUGAAAGAUACCGUUCAAGUCCAUCCUGCUGGAGCAUAUGUUCUCGAACGGUUCUUCUCCCGUAAAGAACGCCAGACAUUGUUCCGUAGCUGGGCAGGCAGCGCCAGCAUGUGGAUGAAGGGUGGCGAAGCUGUCUGGGGAAACGCGACAUUCGCCCCGGACGAUAGGUCUGACGCCGCGUGGAGCCACGGCGAGCUCAUCCUCUUCCGCGAAUCGGUCCUCAAAACCGAAGGCGCAGGCUCCCGGCUGCGGAACAUGACCGCCUCGGAAGCUAGUACAUGGAUCCUGGAACGGACUCCGACUCAGUUCCAGAAAAUGAUCGAGUCCAACUAUUCAUUUGGGAUUGAGCGGGACGAAGAACAGUUAAAGCGGAAUAACUUCGAUCACCGGAAGUGGACCAACCCUUUGGAAAUUCAGCUGCCAAACGCGCCUACGACGAAGAUCUACUGUGUCUACGGCCAUGGCAAGGACACGGAGCGAUCAUACUGGUACACCCGCGAAGGCUUCGAACACGACGAGGUCCAAGCGGACGUCAUCGACGCGCAGUGCGCCAACGUCUCAGACUGCAUGACGCCCCGCACGCCCCUCGACCUCCCCCUCCUCCGCAAAAGCCAGAUCGACGCCGAAUACACCGACGAGGGUACGUCGCCCCCGGUCGUGAACGGCGUGCGGCGCGGCGAGGGCGACGGGACGGUGAACCUUCUGAGCCUGGGCGCGAUGUGCGUGGAGGGCUGGAAGCGGAAGCGGUGGAACCCCGCCGGUAUGAAGGUGGUCACAGUUGAGCUCCCUCAUGAGCCAUCGCCGACUAUCCCGAGAGGCGGUGGGACGACAGGCGACCACGUCGACAUCCUCGGGUCGACUGCGCUGAACGAGAUCAUUCUCCGAGUAGCCACUGGUGCAGGCGACCAGAUCCACGAUGCGUUUGUCUCGAAGAUCCGCGACUAUGCAAAGCGCAUACAGUGGGACUGACAGUAUGUUUAUUCGGAUCCCGAUUCCACAGACUACAUAGAAGUCCUGUCAUGAUACACGUAUUACAACCAUGCCUAUAAUAGACCAUGCAAUACAAUGACCGCCAGUCUGGCCCUUGUCAUGAUGCAUGCUCGCUCGGAUUC